AUGAUCAGCGAGAUCAUGGCUCGGUGGACGGCCGAGGAUUUCGUCCAGGAGUUGAGCUCCAUCCAGAAGUUGGCCUCCAUGAGGCCAGGGACGGAUGUGGAGGCGAAGCUCGUGGUGCAGCUGCAGGAUCGCAUGAAGCAUCACCCGGGGUGGACAGCAGACCAGCUCUGCAAGAUGAUGGAAGCCGUCACCAAGUCUAGCUUGUCUGCUAGCAACAAAGACGGCUUGCUCAAAGCUUUGGAUGAUGCAGCAUGCCCCACAAUAGCUGGCCAAUCGCAGGUAAAAUUGACCAGCAAACCCCAGACCCUCGUGCAGAUCUUCAAUUACUUGUCCAAGCAGGACUGGACCAGAAUGGCAUCUUCCAGUUCGUGGGACUGCACUGUCAUCAUGUCCGAAAGAUUGAAGAGGUGCGGGUUGACAUCCUUGAAAGAGGAGACCAAGAAAUGGGGUACUGCCGUGAUCGUGCAUCUUCAAGUGGAGCGGUCGAAUGUGGCACCCAGCUACGACCAGGUGUAUUACCUUGCUGAGCAGCUUCACAAGGUGUUCUUGAACACCUUGGUGAAGAAGAAAGCUUCGGGAUGCACCGUGUACCCGCUCCACCCGCACGAGCUGGGAUCCGCCUUCCUUGAGCAAGCCUACGACGAAGGUGACCCUCCUGAGCCCAGGGAGUUGCCAGGUCUUGCAGCCAGAGUGGCUCACGAGACACCGGUACGUAGCACAUCGUGCUUGCUGUCUUGGAACCAAGACAAGUCCAACAAGAACAAGGCGAAGGAUGGCGGCGACCAGGGUUUGGUCGGCCUCAUGCAAAGAUUCUUGCAGCAGACUGUUGGCCACAUGGACCCCAACACUUUGCAGGCUUUGCAGCUGGCCAAGACUGCCGGUCAGUCAGCUUUGCAGCAACCAUCCCCCGUAGCAUCCUCGGCGGCUUUGCAGCCAACCACUCUGCCAAGCAGCAGCAUUGCUCCCGCCCCUAGCAAUUUGGAUGCUGGAUUGCAUGCUUCCCCGAGUUUGCAGGUUCUGCAGAACAUGGCCUCGCCUCAGCAUGGCACCCAAGCGGACUCUGCACUGCGAGUCCCGGCCCAGCAAUGCACCAGAGAGUCCAUGCUGCAGAUCCCAGCAUCCUCCACUCAGGUUCCUUCAACCCACCAGGGCCAAGUAGUGCCUGCGGCCUCCCUGCCUGCUGCUGCGACUUUGCAAGCUGAGAAUCCCCCUGCAACAAACCCAAGUCAUGCAACUGAGGGCAAGUUGGAGGCAAUCGAAAGGGAGGUUUUCGAGGGUCUUCAAAAGCAGCAGGAGAAAAGGAAGCGAGGUGAGCCUAAGCCAUGCAAAAAGCCAGCAGCCAGAUCACAGGCCGUAGCACCCCCUAAGGCCAAGGAAGGCAAGGAGGGAACCCCGGCAAGUCAGCUGAAACUGGGUUGCAUCCGAUGCCGAGGCUGCAGGACUGGAUGCAGCCAGUGCCAAGACCCCAACUUCAAAGGGCUGAGGCUGACAAGGGAGGAAUGGAAGGAAUGGUAUGAGAGGCGAAAGCUCGAGCUGGCCCGUGGCAAGUCCAAGGCGAAGUCCAAGGCCUCCAGCAAGAAGACGAAGAAGUCCUAUUUGUCCAGCAAGGAGUCCUACGGCCCGUUGUUUGAGGAACACGAAGCCAAAACGGUUGCAGGUGCCACCGCCACUUUUUUGUUGGUCAAUGUCCUCAGCCUCCUGGACGGCAUCUGCCGUUCUGGUGGAGCUUUCUACAAGUUGCUCCGUGAUUGUGCGGCAAAAACUGCUGACCGACCUCUCCGAUUCGCUUUGUAUUCGGACGAAAUCAUCCCUGGGAACGUACUGUCGGCACGUACUUCACGGAAAACUUGGUGUGUUUACAUGAGUUGUGUGGAUUUCCCGCCGCAAGUGCUGGCGAUGGAAGAAGCAUGGCUCACAAUCGCACUGCUAAGGAGCUCUUUUGUGGCAUCCCUGGAGGGAAGUAUCAGCCAGAUCUUCAAAAUUAUUUUUCGUAGCAUCUUCCUGCAUGCAAAGCAUGACCCGACAGCAGGUGUUUGGAUGCAGGGCCCUGGUGGAGGCUUUCAUUUAUCAUUCCUCCCAACUAUGAUUAUACAAGAUGGGGCUGCUCACAAGUUUGUGUGGAGUGUGAAGGGGGAUGGCGGUUGCAAAUAUUGCCUGUUAUGUGGUAAUCAACGAGCUGAUCCUCGCAACGAAGAGCGAAUCGCCAAACAUUCCUAUGCUGACCUGCAUCUUGUUUCCGAUGAGGAUAUUUGGGAUUCUUGGUCGAGGCUCGCCGAGCAGAAGGGCCGGUGUUCAAUCAAAGAUUUUGGGCUUUGGCAACAAGCCACAGGGUGGACAUUCAGCGAAGAAAGCAUCUUCUCCGACCCUCUGCUCAAAAAUGUGGUCAGACCAGCGAGUAUGUUCGUUCACGAUUGGAUGCAUUGCUGCUUGAGUAAUGGUACAUUGAACGAUUCAACCUGGUUACUUCUCAGUGCCACGAAAGACCAUGGCUUCAAGGAUGUUUUUGUCACCCUGCACAAAUACGUGGAUCUAUGGACAUUGCCGUCUUCCUUUGCCCACAUCAAGUUGAAGCUACUCUUCGAGACCAAGAGGAUGAAGUCCUGUAAGGACGCCGGCAAGUUUAAGACCACCGCCAGCGAGAUGCUGACCUUGAACCCGGUCCUAGCUUUCUUUGUUCGCACAUGUAUCCUUGCCAAAGGAUUCCUAGCAUCCGAAUGCCAGGCCUUCUUGCAGAUGAGCCUGAUGGUUGAACUGCUUCAAGCAGCUUGUCAUGGCUUUUCUUGUGUGACGCCUUCCAUGUUGAGACAGGCCGCCGACGAAUGCAUGGCCUCCUGGUUUGCAACGGGCUGGGGCGAACACGUAACUAGGAAGAUGCAUUGGCUGCUACACAUGGGCGACCAUUUUGAGAAACAUAAAAGGUUGCCUGCAACCUUCGGCAUGGAGCGGAAACACAAGACCAUCACUCGAUAUGCUGGGCCCAUCCAGAAUACCAGGGCGUUUGAGCGAUCUCUCUACGAGGAAGUCAUUGCUCACGAGUUGUGGCACUUAGAGAACCUGCCCGAGUUUCCAUUAGGCCUCGCUUUGGUGAACCCAAAGAAGAAGACACCUGCCAAAUUGAGGGACCUGGUUUUGCAGAGUUUCCCGGGUGUGCCGAAGGAAGACCUAUCGGUCGCUACGAAUCUCCGGCUUCCUGGGGGUGGGGUGGCGAGCAAAGGAGACGUCUGUUUGCUAAAAUCAGACAAUGCUCGAGCCGCCCCCUGGGAUUGCGCCGAGGUUUGGUGCCAUGUGUCCGUGCUAGGCAAGCUGUGGUCCGUGGUUUCCCUCUGGACCUUGCAGGAGUACCAGAAGCACACACACAGUGCAUUGUGGACCGAGGUGGAGCAGCCCGUCAUUAUCGACAGCAACGACAUCUUGACUGCUGUAUAUUACUUCAAAGACACGAACGGUGUCCGAACUCUGAUCCCGUUUCACCUCCGCACCUGA